UUAAAAUUCAGUCUUAAAACUGGUUCUUUCCUCUUUUCCAUCAACUGCUUCAGCGCUGAAAAAUUAGCUCAGAAAAGUUCCCUUGCAAGGGAAAUGGAACAAUAACAAUGGAGCUUACAAAAAGUUUGACAAGAGAUGACAGAGACGUUAAUGAAAGUUCUACCGAUCCGUUCGAUGCUUCAUUUGGGAAAGAAAUGUUCGCUCAUCACAACAUGCAUGUGGUUGUUAAAUUAUUUGUUUCAAUUUACGCCAGUUGAAAUGGACGAAUUUAAAGAGGAUUAUCCCGAACGAAAGAAAAACCCACUAGACAACGCGAAUUUGCUUUCCUCGAUAUUUUUUUGUUGGUUAUUGCCGUUUUUUGUGAAAGGUUACAAAACCGAUCUGAGCGAAGAGGACAUUUACGAGCACAGACGUAGUCACGAUUCUGAAAUGCUCGGCCGAAAACUAGAAGCCGAAUGGGAAAAACAGGUGGCCAAAGGCGACAAUCCAUCGCUAAUAAAAGCCAUUGCGAACGUGUUCAUUCUCGAAUUGGUGUUGUUCAAUUUAGUAGUGAUAAUCCACGAAAUUAUUAGGAUGUCACAACCGUUCCUCAUAACGAAAUUAAUAAGAGUAUACGAAAGGAACAAGAUCGAAGAAGAUAAAAACGAGAUCUAUCUCUACGCUUGCAUAAUAGUUUUGACGUCAUUUCUAAAUUCGUGCACGAGCCACAACUUUAACUUGGGUCUCAUGCAAUUAGGCAUGAAACUCAGGGUGGCUUCUUGCUCGUUAAUUUAUAGAAAAGCCUUAAGAUUAAGCAAAUCAGCUGUAGCCGAAACGACGAUUGGGCAAAUGGUGAAUUUGCUGUCGAACGACGUCGGUAGAUUCGAUUACGCCGUUUAUUUCGCUCAUAAUUUGUAUAUCGGCCCAAUCGAGACCACGUUAGUCAUGUAUUUACUCUAUACAGGAGUUGGUUGGACUGCACUUUCUGGAGCUGUUCUGUUGUUAUUGUCUAUACCUGUUCAAUCAUGGUUGGGUAAAAAAACAUCUCAAUAUAGACUGCAAACUGCAUUGAGAACCGACGAAAGAAUACGGCUCAUGAACGAAAUCAUAGCAGGAAUACAGGUGAUUAAAAUGUACACCUGGGAAUACCCUUUCGCAAAGUUAGUGGAAUUUGUAAGAACGAAAGAAAUGGAAUACAUCCAUUACAUAUCCCUAAUACGAGCGAUUUUAAUGUCGUGCAUCCUGACGCUCAAUCGAUGCGCUAUAGCCAUAUGCAUCCUGGUCUUCGUCCUCACCAAUCACCCCCUAACAGCCGCCUACGCUUACACCGUCACCUCCUACUACCGCCUGCUGAACAACGUCACCAACUUCUUCCCCACCGCCGUAUCCCAAGCGGCCGAAAUCUACAUCUCCAUCAAGAGAAUCCAAACGUUCCUCUGCUACGACGAGAUCCAGCUCGAGCCGAAGAUAACCACCAGCCUGCUCAGCGAGCACAUGUACUUGCUGCCCGGCUCGCCGAACUUGCCCGACGCCAACAACGUCCCGUCGGCCAAUUCCCCCUUCGCCGAGAUGAACAUCAAAGAAAUGAUCUCGAGCAUCCGCAUCAAAAACGCCUCCGCCAAAUGGCUGAAGUGCGUGCCGGACAACAAUCUCGACAACAUCACCGUCGACGUAAAGGCCGGUAAUAUGAUAGCGGUGGUGGGACCGGUCGGCAGCGGCAAGACCACCUUGCUCUACAUCAUCAUGAAGGAACUGGAAUUGGUCGACGGCUCCGUCAGCGUCGACGGCGUGGUGUCCUACGCUUCGCAGGAACCUUGGCUGUUCGGCGGCAGCGUCAGACAGAACAUCCUGUUCGGACAGAAGUUCGAUCAGACGAAGUACGACGAGGUGGUGCGCGUGUGCGCCCUGCAACGGGACUUCGCGCUGUUCCCGCACGGCGACAGGACGUCGGUGGGAGAGCGCGGCGACGCGCUGAGCGGCGGCCAGCGGGCGCGCAUCAACCUGGCGAGGGCCGUCUACAAGGAGGCGGACAUCUACCUGCUGGACGAUCCGCUGUCGGCGGUCGACGCUCACGUGGGCAAGCAGCUGUUCGACGAUUGCAUUUGCGAUUACCUCGGUUCGAAGUGCGUGGUGCUCAUCACGCACCAGUUGCAGUAUCUGAAGAAGGUGAAGCGCAUACUGUUGCUGAACGACGGGAAAAUCCAAGCGGCCGGUUCGUAUUCGGACCUCAGGCGGGCGAACACCGACUACUGUAAAUUGUUGACGGACGUCGACGAGGAGGAGGAGGUGGUCAGGCAACGGUCGCGCAUUUCCGUCGCCAGGGACGAGCCGACGAGCAACUUCACCAUGCAGGAGAUGCGGAAAGAAGAGAUGCGGACGGGUAAAAUUAGCAGGAAAGUCUACGGGAACUACAUUAGAGCGGGCGGUAGCGCGUUCACCGGUAUCGGUUUGAUUUUUGCCUUCAUCUUGAGCCAGAUUUUGGAAAGUUGCUCGGAAUAUUAUGUAACAAUUUGGGUAAACAUCCAACAAAUGGAAGCGCGAGCGAACAAUUCACAAAAAAGUCAACCGACCAAUUGGAAAUCGCAAUCAGUACCCUACAAAGACCGGUGGUUCUCUUCUAUAUUCAAUAGUGAUUUAGUCUCGUUGUAUUAUGGUAUUUUAGUGUUUAUGCUGGUCGUUAUCGUCCUUUGUAGAUCAUUAGCUUUCUUUAGCUGGUGCUUGGAAGCGUCCACAAAGCUUCACAGCAGAAUGUUUAAUAACAUCAUUUACGGACCGAUGAGGUUUUUUCACACGAAUCCCUCCGGUAGAAUUCUAAACAGGUUCUCCAAAGAUAUUGGAACUUUGGAUGAAAGUUUGCCUAUGGCUCUGUUAGAUACAAUACAGAUAGGUAUUUACGUGGCGGCUAUAACUUUGGUUAUUGGAAGUUUAACCAUAUGGAUAAUUGUCCCAACGGUUUUUAUCGCGAUUUUAUUUUAUUUGAUGAAAAUCGUAUUUGUUCGUACCAGCAGGGAUAUCAAAAGAAUUGAAUCUGUGACGAGAAGUCCAAUUUUUACUCACAUCGCCGCUUCCCUGCAAGGCCUAACCACCAUAAGGGCUUUCAAGGCUCAAGAAAUAGUGAAAAAAGAAUUCGACAACUACCAAAACAUCAACAGCGCCGCUUUUUUCCUCUACGUCGCCGCUAACAGAACCUUCGGCUUUUGGUUGGAUUUUGUUUGCAUCAUCUACAUAGCACUGGUGUUCAUCACGUUAAUCUUCAUCAAAAGCGAAACCUUCGGUGGCAAUAUUGGCUUGGCGUUGACGCAAACCACCGCCCUCACGGGGAUGUUCCAAUGGGGGAUGCGCCAGUGGAGCGAAUUCGAGAACCAAAUGACGUCGGUGGAAAGGGUCGAGGAGUACGCCAAUAUGAAGCGGGAGGUGGACGACGAGGCGAAGGAGCCGGAGGAAACGUGGCCGGAGAAAGGUCGAGUGGAGUUCAGAAACGUGACGCUGCGAUAUUCACCGGAGGAGCCCCGGGUGCUCAAGGAUGUCAAUUUCACGGCGGAGCCGAACGAGAAGGUGGGAAUCGUCGGUAGAACGGGCGCCGGGAAAUCGUCGCUGAUCCAAGCUCUAUUCCGGUUGGCUCCCAUCGAAGGCGCUAUUCUCAUAGACGGCAUCGAUACGAAGACUAUGCCGUUGAAUAGAGUCAGGUCGAAUAUCUCGAUUAUACCUCAAGAGCCGGUGCUUUUUUCCGGGACGUUGAGGAAGAAUUUGGAUCCUUUCGACGAGUAUACCGACGAGGUACUUUGGAACGCGCUCAAAGAAGUUGAACUCAAACACACCGUGGACGAACUCCAAUCGGGUCUGGACAGUAAAAUGGCCGAAGGCGGUUCCAAUUUUAGCGUAGGACAGCGACAGCUUGUUUGCCUUGCCAGGGCUAUAAUAAGAAACAAUAAAAUACUCAUCCUAGACGAAGCCACCGCCAACGUGGAUCCUCACACCGACAGUUUGAUACAGCACACUAUAAGGAAGAAAUUCGCCAAUUGUACCGUCCUGACUAUAGCCCACAGACUCCAUACGAUCAUGGAUUCGGAUAAGGUUUUGGUGAUGGAAGCCGGUAGAGCGGUCGAAUUCGAUCGGCCCUGGAAGUUGUUAGAAAACGAAACCGGACUGUUCAGUUCUUUGGUAAUGCAAACCGGAAAGGCCACCGCGAGAUUUCUAAAGGACAUAGCGGAAAGUGGAAAGACUAAAGGUCCGAUUGAGGUCUUAGUUGAAUAGUGAAUUUUAGAA